UGCUUGAAUCUGCUGCGAUGAAGCUCAAACACUGUUUUUUCGCUUUCAAGCGACAAGUUUCGCGCUCUCCCUUUUGCACCGAGAUAUUUGGUUCAAAAGUGAUUUGUGCAUCUGUAGAGUUAGUGGGCGGGACUGUUUAGAGAUUACAGAAUUUCAGCCAAUCAGAAGAGCUACUGAGCCAGUAGAUAUACGCCCCAAGCAGUUUUACGCCCCUGUUGUUCCUCAUGCGUCCAGUAGGGGGAGGCAGUAUAUUAGUAUAUGAGCCCAGUCAUUUAUAAGAACAGCAGACCAUAUCUAUAUGUAUGAUAGCAGCAGACCUUCUUGAAGCGAUACGGAUGAGUGUUCCAUCAAUAUUGUUCAUUGAAGAUCAGGAGCGAAUUGAUGUUAUCUACACUCAGAUGACUUCAAUUUUGGAUGGCACACCUACACACACCCACAGUGACCAGAUCAGAUUCAUUAUGGAUGUCCCUUUUCCAGAGUCCAUCAUCUGUGCUCUUGCUGUUGUGAAAGAUGUGUCCAUCUUGGAGGCUGAGGAGAAAUUCCUUCGAGGACCUGUCAUUGACGCAAGUGAGUGGGAUCACUUUGACCGCAGGAUAAAGAAACAGUUAAAGAAGAGUGGCAAACCAUUGAAGAGUCAUCUACAGGAGUCAUGCUGUUAAGAAAUAACCAAGUCAUGGUGUUAAUAAAUUUUUUUUGUGAACAACAAUAUUGUCUUUCUUUUAAAUGACCCUUGGAACUUUAGAAAAUGGUUAAAUUUUGUUGGUCUUCAUAAAAUGCUAUAUAGGACAUGUUUUGUUGCUGUAUAACGAGCAAUUGUGAAUUGUAAAGCAAAUAUUUCAUUUAGGAUCCAUAUGAUUACACAGUACUGUAUGUCUAAUGGCCUGAAUAUGGUUAAUAUCUAAAUAUAACUUAAUAUAAAUUCACAACAUCAUAUAUCAGUCAAUCUCUGUAUAUAAAAUCAGUUUAUAAAUAUAUAUAAAUAAUACAUUUUACAGUAGGUCAUAGGUCUGCAGCCUCCCCCUACUGGACGCAUGAGGAACAACAGGGGCGUAAAACUGCUUGGGGCGUAUAUCUACUGGCUCAGUAGCUCUUCUGAUUGGCUGAAAUUCUGUAAUCUCUAAACAGUCCCGCCCACUAACUCUACAGAUGCACAAAUCACUUUUGAACCAAAUAUCUCGGUGCAAAAGGGAGAGCGCGAAACUUGUCGCUUGAAAGCGAAAAAACAGUGUUUGAGCUUCAUCGCAGCAGAUUCAAGAAGCUGUAGUUAUGUACUUUGUGUUUGUGUUAGAAAAAUAUACAAGACAUUCUGAGAAAAUAUUCUACAAGUGUGCAACUCUCAUUUGAUGAAUUCACGUACUGAUUUG